CUUCUCUUAAAAACAUUCUCUUUUUUAUCAAACACUAUGACAAUAGGAGAACCAGAACCAAACCACCCCACCUCAGAUCAAAUCAUGGAUUGGCUCAAUACAGGUACAAUCUUUCCAGCUUUCAUGGAUGAUUAUUACAAUUCAGGAUGGUGGGAUGAAAGCCAAAACAUAGGCCAAGAUCUAAUUGACACUAAUUCUACUCUCACCUAUCUCACUAACAACACUGCCAAAAUCACCACUUCCACACAAAGUGAUGACCAACCAUCACCAUCUGAUUCAUCCAAGAAAAGAAAAACUGCCUCUGACCCACUUCCCAAACCAUCUUCAAAUCAUCAUCGGAAGAAUCACAGCCGUGGGAUCUCCCUGCAGGCAGAGGGUGGAGAUGCAGCAGCUGCAGUAGAUCAAAAAGUUGUGACAGUCAAGAAAUCAGUUGGAAAUAAGAGAAGUUCUAAUAAGUCUACAGGAAAUAACUGUCAUAACGGUAACAACAACAACAACAAGAAGGAAGGCAGAUGGGCUGAACAGCUCCUUAAUCCUUGCGCCGAAGCCAUCAUGAAGAACGACAUGUCACGAGUUCAACACCUUCUCUACGUCCUUAAGGAGCUCCGUGAUGCAAAGGGUGAUGCCAAUCGCCGCCUCGCUUGGCACAGCCUUGAAGCGCUGACAAAACACAUAUUCUCCUUUUCAUCUUCUGCCGCUUCCUCCUCUAGUAGUACAUCAUCAAUAGACCCAAAAGUUCUUACUUUUGCUUCCACAGAUUCACGUAUCUUCCAACAAUCGUUGCUCAAAUUCAAUGAGGUUAGUCCUUGGUUCGCCUUUCCUAACAACAUAGCAAACGCUUCUAUCCUCCAAAUCCUAGCUCAAGAGCCUAACCGCUCGGGCAAUCUUCACAUUCUUGAUAUUGGGGUCUCACAUGGUGUUCAAUGGCCAACACUGCUUGAGGCCUUGAGUCGCAGGCCAGGAGGGCCACCUCCAUUAGUCCGUAUCACAAUCAUAGCACAAACUACUGAAAAUGAUCAAAACAAAGAGAUGCCAUUUUCAAUAGGACCUCCAGGUGACAACAUCUCCACUAGGCUUCUCAAUUUUGCCAAGCUCAUGAAUGUUAACUUGCAGAUCAACCGGCUCGAUGACUAUCCAUUCCAAUGUCUAAAUUCGCAAGUCAUAAACACCGUCUCUGAUGAGACCUUAAUAAUUUGCGCGCAGUUUAGGCUUCAUGGAUUAGAUCACAAUGCCCAAGAUGAAAGAACCGAGUUAUUGAGAGUGCUAAGGAGUAUGGAGCCGAAAGGUGUGAUCCUAAGUGAAAACAACAUGGAAUGCAGCUGCAACAAUUGUGGGGAUUUUGCGAAGGGGUUCCCACGACGAGUGGAGUAUUUGUGGAGGUUUUUGGACUCAACGAGCUCAGCUUUCAAGGGGCAAGAAUGUGAGAGGAAAUUGAUGGAAAGCGAGGCGGCUAAGGCAUUGUCCAACAAGGGAGUGAUGAAUGAAGGGAAAGAGAAGUGGUGUGAGAGAAUGAGAGGAGUUGGGUUUGUUGGAGAGGCUUUCGGAGAGGAUGCUAUUGAGGGAGGUAGAGCUUUGUUGAGGAACACAUCGGAACCAUCCUACUUGGCUGAAAAAAUGAUCCUUGGAAUAUUCUUGUUCAAAUCUUUUGAGGACACGGAAUAG